AAAACAUAAUUUAAAUCAAUAAUCUUUUCGUUCGAACAAUGAUAAAAAUCCUUUCACGGAGAUUUCAUUUCGGGAUCAAUUUGUUACAUGAUGUGAAAUGUGUGAGAAAUUUUAGCAUCAAGUUCGCUCCGGCGGCUGGCCAAUGUUUUGAAAAAUGCCGGCUACUACGGAUUCCAUCGUAUUCGCUGAACGGGCACCAAUGCUUCGCUGAGGAUUGCUCGGUGAAUAAAUUUGACAAGGGUUGCAUCGAUCCGAGUCUCGUAGCCAGCUACGAUGAAGUCGUGGACUUACCGAAUCAUCCCGAGAAACUACUCAUCGAUGUGCGCGAGCCGGAAGAGAUAGCAUCCACCGGAGAAAUUCCGACAGCCAUCAAUAUUCCGCUGAACACCGUUAGCGAUGAACUGAAGCUGAGCCCCGAGGCGUUCCAGGAAAAGUACGGUCGGAAGAAGCCGGGGAACGAUGAUCCCGUCAUUUUCAGCUGUCGUUCGGGAGUACGCGCCGGUUUGGCUGCUAAUGAAGCUGAUAAGUUGGGAUUCAAGAAUGUGAAGAAUUAUGUUGGAUCCUGGACGGAAUAUGCGGAAAAGAACGGUCUACCUCAGUAAAUUUUAUUGGUUCUUUACCAAUGUUGAGUAAAAUAUAUAAAUAUUUUAACCGAAA